GCGAGAGCCGACAGCCUCGAGCCGAAUGUGGUGGCUUUGGGCGCCAGCGCCCUCGCUUGCGAUUCGGACUCGGCGUGGAGGUGGUCCCUGAAGCUUGCAGAGGUCGGCGUUGCCUCCUCCGAGCAGCUGGCCAUGGCUUCGGUCUCGGCCCACUCCGCGGAGGACCCCGCGAAAACUCGGCCCUGGUCGGAGACUCUUCGCUCCCUGACUUCCUUAGCCAUGCACGGCGUGAAGGUGAACCUCAUCAUGAUGAACGUGGCUCUUAAGGCCAUGGAGUCCUCCAGCAGUUGGCGUCCGGCUCUGGCGGUGCUUCAG